CGUAAACAAUCUCCUCCCCCGAGUCCCGCCCCCAUCCUCCCAUUGGUCCUUCGCCUGGGGGAAGGCGAGUCAGGCCUGGUUCGCCAUCUCCGUUGGAUAAGCCACCCUUAGGGAAAUGGGAAAGGGGAGGGGUUCACGGAGCCAAUGGCUAAAAAUUCUGUCAAUCAUCAAUCCGCGUCUCCAUAGGAGAAACAGUAGCAACUCGGAGCCAAGUCUACCACGCACAUUGGCCCAAAGACCAAUAAUUGAGAGAGUAGUCAAUUUUUCGGAGUUAGAAGAAAGCCCACCUCCAUUUCCCAGGAGUCGCGGGGCCGGGUAGCAGGCACGCCUUCAGAGAUUUGAUUGGUUAAUAAGAGAAGACAAGGACAAAGGGGAGGGAUAAGGGAAGAGAUGUUGCUUCGGAUUGGAGGAAACGUCCCUCACUCUAGGCGGGAGAAGGGAAGGGGGUGUGUGUACGCAGAUGGAGGCGGAAGUUGUGACGUGAGAUAGCGCCCGGCAGAAUGGAGGCCACACAGGAGACAGGAAAUCUUACUGGCAUCAGGCAGAUCAUCUUGGUCCUUUCAGGAAAAGGAGGGGUGGGGAAAAGUACCAUUUCUACAGAGCUGGCCCUGGCCCUCCGGCAUUCGGGCAAGAAGGUUGGGAUUCUGGAUGUGGAUCUCUGCGGUCCCAGCAUCCCUCGAAUGCUAAAAGUACAAAACAAGGCCGUGCACCAGUGUGACAAUGGCUGGGUGCCUGUGUUUGUGGACCAAGAGCAAACCAUCUCCCUCAUGUCUGUGGGUUUCCUACUGGAGAAGCCAGAUGAGGCUGUGGUGUGGAGAGGACCCAAGAAAAAUGCAUUGAUAAAACAGUUUGUCUCUGAUGUGGCCUGGGGUAACUUGGACUAUCUCAUUGUGGAUACACCGCCUGGGACCUCUGAUGAGCAUAUUUCUACUGUGGAAGCUCUUCGUCCUUAUAAGCCCCUGGGAGCUAUUUUGGUUACUACACCCCAGGCAAUAUCGGUGGGUGAUGUCCGGAGAGAGCUGACCUUUUGCAAGAAGACAGGGUUGCGAGUGCUUGGAAUUGUGGAGAAUAUGAGUGGUUUUGUCUGUCCACAUUGUUCGGAGUGCACUAAUCUUUUCUCUAAGGGAGGUGGGGAAGAAUUGGCCAGACAUGCAAAAGUUCCCUUCUUAGGCUGUGUGCCCUUGGAUCCUCAGCUCACAAAGAGUUUGGAAGAAGGCCAAGACUUCAUCCAGGAAUUCCCUAAAAGCCCUGCUUUCCCUGCAUUCAUUUCUAUCACUCAGCAAAUCUUGGAUGGGACAUCAGCUCAAACCUCCUAAUGAAGACAUCUCAGGCUCAUGCCAAUUAUGAUUCUUUUUUUGCUGCUUUUGGAGACAGACCUUUAAAAGAGUUGUAACCAGAAGAACAUCGCAGAGAAAAGGCCUCUAAAGAAACUUCCUGGAUCAUGCAGAAGCCCCUAGUGCAGAGGAGCCAGUGUCAUUUCUGCAGUCUCACUGCUAUUAAAAUAGGCUCCCUAAAGACCAGGUAGCUGUUAUGUCUGGGGCAUUGGCUUGUUUGUUUUCCCACCAUCCCUAGCAGUAUGUCAAGCCUUGGCAUCCUUCUGCUCAGAGUGUGGAUCCACAGUGGUUAAUGGUACUAAGUUUUAGCUGCUCUUUACAAGACAGGACCAUGGAAGGCAUACUGACUUUAGCCAAGAUGUAGCUAACUGUGGAGACAUCCCAACAUAAAUGACAUUGUCAUUUCUCUCUUCACCUCUGGUACUAAAACUAUUAUUGCAUAUACCAUGGACAACUUUCCUUGGCUCUGAAUGCAGUGCUACUAAGUGCUUCUAAGUAAUUGGAGUAGUUCUCUUUUAAGAUGUGUAAGUACCAUAUGGCUAUUAAAUCCAUAUGAUUAUUUGGAAACAUAUGUAGUUUAAAGGAAUAUAUCUCUGGUCCCACCAUGUGAUUUCUUCAUUGUUAAACAUGCCUCAGGAAUGCUUUGGAACUUUAAAAGAGCUCUCAAUUAAAGAAAUUCAUAGAUCUCCUUUGAUCUCUUUUUUUUU